CAAGAACACAAUUUCAUAAAAAUUAUUUGCACCCCACAAACACAACCACCUUAGCAAACUUAGACCAAACCUCUCGAAACUCAUGGCUCCACCUGCAGCGGCUAGAAACUCGACUAACCAAACCACAACCGGGAUAGUCAAGGCGAAACCCGUGCCUCGACGUGCCUAUGUCACGUUCUUGGCUGGAAACGGAGACUAUUGGAAGGGCGUUGUUGCUCUUGCCAAAGGUCUCCGUAAAGCCAAGUCCGUGUACCCUCUUGUUGUGGCCAUGCUUCCUGAUGUCCCCAUGGACCAUCGCCAAAAAUUGAUCUCCCAAGGCUGCAUCCUUAAGGAGAUCGAACCCUUGUAUCCACCCGAAAACCAGACCCAAUUCGCUAUGGCAUACUAUGUUAUUAAUUACUCCAAGCUCCGUAUAUGGGAGUUUGUGGAGUAUAGCAAGAUGAUAUAUUUGGAUGGUGACAUACAAGUUUUCGACAACAUUGACCAUCUGUUUGACUUGCCAGAUGGUCACUUCUAUGCUGUAAUGGACUGUUUCUGCGAACGAAACUGGAGAAACAGUCCACAGUAUCAGAUUGGAUAUUGUCAACAGACACCCGAUAAGGUUCAGUGGCCACAAGAGAAGUUGGGCCCAAAACCCGCACUUUACUUCAACGCAGGAAUGUUCGUGUACGAGCCUAAUACGUCGACCUAUCACCAACUUCUCGAGUCCGUAAAAACAACUCCACCAACACUUUUCGCCGAACAAGAUUUUUUAAACAUGUUCUUUAAAGAUAUUUACAAGCCCGUCCCAACCGAGUACAACAUGAUAUUAGCAAUGCUAUGGCGCCACCCCGAGAACUUUGACCUUGAGAAAGUCAAGGUCGUGCACUAUUGUGCCGACGGGUCAAAGCCGUGGAGGUACACGGGAGAAGAAGUGAACAUGGACCGUGAAGACAUCAAGAUGUUGGUGAACAAGUGGUGGGACAUCUACAACGACGAGUCCCUUGAUUAUUGGAGGAUAUGCGGGCAUUACUUGCCCGCUGGGCCGUUGACCGCGGUUGAAAACCCAACAGCGGUUGAACUAAAAAGGGGCAGUCGAUAUGUCACUGCCCCGUCCGCUGCCUAGUCAAUAUGUAAGUUUUCUUUUUUUAGGUAAAUGUUUUUCAAACUAAUCAAAGGAGUUAGUUUUGAGAAAACUAUAGUAACUUAAAGAUAUAGCGUGGUGGGAGUUAUGUUUAUAUUUUUGAAGGGAUGUUUUGGUUUGCGGUUUGGAAUUGUAAUUAAGUGUGUUACUGGGUCUUCCAGCUAAUUAUUAAUGGAAAAUUCGUAUAUACCCAACGCCCAGAAUAUAUAUUUUUGU